CCAGCCAGCCGGGGAGCCGCUGUCCCGGGCCUGGCCAGUGCGCGUUCGCCUGCUGAACCUGGGCACCGCCGGCCGCCUGGGCACGGGACUGAGCGGGGGCGCUGACCUCGGCCUAGGAGGCCUGGGAUCCCGGAGCCGCCAGCGCCCGCGGGGACCUGCGAGUUGCACGCCCUCUCCCAGCCUGUGCUGCUCGCGGCUACUCGGCGGGGCGAGGCCAGGUGCCCCCCUCUUCCCCUUCCUUCCCUCCCUCCCCCACUCCGGUGCCCGCGGGAGAUCCCGCCCGUCCGCCCCCCUCCCGCAGAGGUGUAGUCCGCUGCGGUGCUGACAGCGGCCCCGCAGCCACCCUGUCCAAACUCUCCGGAAGCGGCCGGAGCAGACCCGGCGCUCAGGCCGCCGCAGCUCCCGCGGACCAACUGUUGGACCGGAGGCACCCGCCCUCCUCCCGCGCCCAAACUUGGAGCACUUGACCUUUGGCUGUCGGAGGAGGCAAGCCGGCGGGUGGCUGGACAGCUGCGGCGCCUCGAGGGCAUCUUGCCUGGGGUUCCAGGACUGUCGGCUACACUUCUGGGCUCCUGGCUUUGCCUCUGGGAUCCCGAGGUGUCCAUAUCAGGCGCAUGUUGACUGAGACCUAGAGUCAUGGAUGUGUGCGCCCGUGUUGCCCUGUGGCUCCUCUGGGGGCUCCUCCUGCAUCACGGCCAGAGCCUCAGCCAUAGCCACAGCGAGAAGAGUACAGGAACCGGCUCAGGGGCUAGUUCUGAGGAGUCCACUGCAGCAGAGUUUUGCCGGAUUGACAAGCCCCUAUGCCACAGUGAGGAUGAGAAGCUCAGCUUUGAUGCAGUCCGCAGCAUCCACAAGCUGAUGGACGACGAUGCCAAUGGUGAUGUGGACGUGGAAGAAAGCGAUGAGUUCCUGAGGGAAGACCUCAAUUACCAUGACCCGACAGUGAAACACAGCACCUUCCAUGGUGAGGAUAAGCUCAUCAGUGUGGAGGACCUGUGGAAGGCAUGGAAGUCUUCAGAAGUGUACAACUGGACCGUGGAUGAGGUGGUGCAGUGGUUGAUCACGUACGUGGAGCUGCCUCAGUAUGAGGAGACCUUCCGGAAGCUGCAGCUCAGUGGCCAUGCCAUGCCAAGGCUUGCUGUGACCAACACCACAAUGACAGGGACUGUGCUGAAGAUGACAGACCGGAGCCAUCGGCAGAAGCUGCAGCUGAAGGCCCUGGACACAGUGCUGUUUGGGCCUCCUCUCUUGACCCGCCAUAAUCACCUCAAGGACUUCAUGCUGGUGGUGUCUAUCGUUAUUGGUGUGGGUGGCUGCUGGUUUGCCUACAUCCAAAACCGUUACUCAAAGGAGCAUAUGAAGAAGAUGAUGAAGGAUCUGGAGGGGUUACACAGAGCUGAGCAGAGUCUGCAUGACCUUCAGGAAAGGCUGCACAAGGCCCAAGAGGAGCACCGCACAGUGGAGGUGGAGAAGGUACACCUGGAGAAGAAGCUGCGUGAUGAGAUCAACCUUGCCAAGCAGGAAGCCCAGCGGCUGAAGGAGCUGCGGGAGGGUACUGAGAAUGAGCGGAGCCGCCAAAAAUACGCAGAGGAGGAGUUGGAGCAGGUUCGGGAAGCCCUGAGGAAAGCAGAAAAGGAGCUGGAAUCACACAGCUCAUGGUAUGCUCCAGAGGCCCUUCAGAAGUGGCUGCAGCUGACACACGAGGUGGAGGUGCAGUACUAUAACAUCAAGAAGCAAAAUGCCGAGAAACAGCUGCUGGUGGCCAAGGAAGGGGCCGAGAAGAUAAAAAAGAAGAGAAACACACUCUUUGGCACCUUCCACGUGGCCCACAGCUCUUCCCUGGAUGAUGUGGAUCACAAAAUCCUAACUGCGAAACAAGCUCUGAGUGAGGUGACAGCAGCACUGCGGGAGCGCCUGCACCGCUGGCAGCAGAUUGAGAUCCUCUGUGGCUUCCAGAUUGUCAACAACCCUGGCAUCCACUCCCUGGUGGCCGCUCUCAACAUAGACCCCAGCUGGAUGGGCAGCACGCGGCCCAACCCCGCCCACUUCAUCAUGACCGACGACGUGGAUGACAUGGAUGAGGAGAUUGUGUCACCCUUGUCCAUGCAAUAUGCUGCCUGGCUGAUGGGGCGUAGGUUCAGUGACCGCUCUCUCUGCUCAACAUCCGCCGGCUCGGAUGAUCAGUCCCUCUGGAAAUACCCGGCUCCCACCCUGCAGUGCAGUGUCCGGCAGCGCCUGACGGAGCCACAGCACGGCCUGGGAUCUCAGAGGGAUUUGACCCUUUCCGAUUCGGAGUCCUCCCUCCACAUGAGUGACCGCCAGCGUAUGGCCCCCAAGCCUCCUCAGAUGGUCCGUGCUGCAGAUGAGGCCCUCAACGCCAUGACUUCCGAUGGCAGCCACCGGCUGAUUGAGGGGGUCCACCCUGGGUCUUUGGCGGAGAAACUGCCUGACAGCCCUGCCCUGGCCAAGAAGGCACUACUGGCGCUGAACCAUGGACUGGACAAGGCCCACAGCCUGAUGGAGCUGAGCCCCUCAGCCCCACCUGGUGGCUCUCCACUUUUGGAUUCUUCCCGUUCUCACAGCUCCAGUUCCCCAGACCCAGAAACACCAUCUCCAGUUGGGGACAGCCGAGCCCUGCAGGCCAGCCGAAAUACACGCAUUCCCCAUCUGGCUGGCAAGAAGGCUGUGGCUGAGGAGGAUAAUGGCUCCAUUGGUGAGGAGACAGACUCCAGCCCAGGCCGGAAGAAGUUUCCCCUCAAAAUCUUUAAGAAGCCUCUUAAGAAGUAGGCAGGAUGAGAGUGGCAGUGGCGGGACAGCUUGCCCUUCCCUGGUCUUCUGCCUCCCUUUCCUUCCCUUCCAAGAUCCCUGGCCCCUAGAGCGGGGCAUGGGAGGGGCUGGCCCAGGGGCCUCGGCACUGUACAUACCUGCCCCCCUCAUCCUUGGGUCCUUCAACAUUAUUUAUUAACUGACCACCAUCGCCUGCCUGCCCUGCCCUCCCACCCACGGGCUGCUGCUGCCACUCCCUCUCUACUUCAGUGCAUGUCUUAGUUGCUGUCCCCUCAGCUCCCAGCUCCACUUCCGGGGUCCAGCUUCUGUCUCUGCUGUCCCACUUUUGAAGUUUGGUUUCUUGUUUCUCUGUUUCCUGCUUUCAGGCUCCUCCCUCCCACCACUCCCCAACUUCCCCUAGCAGCUUGGGGGGGGGGGGGAAGAUAGGAGGACUGACUUCUGACAUCUGUGCCUCAGACCUGUUCCACCCCAUCUAUGAUGGUUCUGUUUGCCUCAGACUGGGGCGGGCCUAGGGCCUAAUACUUGAGGUUGUUCUUUGGGAGUGUGGUGGGCCAGAAGGAAACUUGGCCUGGAACUCACAUGAGUCUCCAGGGGUCCAUGGGGGAGUGGAACACAUUCCCAAAGGAUAAGCUACUAGAGAAUUUUGAAGAAGAGGCCCAGCUAGGGGGUAGGUUGGGAGACUCCUCUUAGUUGGGGGAUGAGCAGAUGCCAGAGUUGUGGGCUACAAGGCAGUCACCUUUUCUCUCUUCUCUCACCCACACCUGCCUCUUUCUCAUCCCUGCUCCCCCACACUGCAGGAAGGUUUGACUAUAAGAGGUGCUGCCCAAAUGCUCCCCAAGCAUCAGUACUCCUGGAGCUCAGGACAAAUGGCUCCCCUGGCCAUGGGAGCCUCAGCCAUGACACAGGGCUCAAAUGGGGCCCUGAAGCGGUUGGGCAGGAUAUUGUUGCAUUUGAACCAAAAAAUAUUUUUUAAUUGAAAAAAGAAAUCUCCUGAAUUUCCCAAGUGCCUGCACCAUAUACUCCCCUUGUCAGACCCCAUUUUCAUGUUACUGCAUAGCUUGGGCCAGAGGCUCAAAAAGGACACAGCUGGUUUAGGGAAGGGGGUGGCUAAGGAAGAUGGUAUAGGUGAAGGCAGCUGUGUGACCUCUUCCCCCACACCCUUCCCACCCUCUAGACAACUCUCUCCCUUACCUGUUUUUGCUAUGGCUGUAAAGGUAUUUUCCCAUUACUCCACGACCUCCCAUGCCUUUACUCUGGGAUCCUAUUUUGGACCUGGGGUGCAGGCCCCUGGGGCUGGUCUUAGGAGGGUGCUAGGCUGCUGACUGCCUUGUACCCCCUGGGCACCCUCACAUGGGUUUUUCUGUGUUAUUUCAUAAGACUCUUUGAAGUCCAAUAAAGCAUGUAGGAGAUUUUAA